AUGGGCAAUAUUUUUGGUUUCACACAAAGGCUGGUGAAAAGGAAGUCCAGUAUUUACCGUCAGGUCAACAAAAGGACGAGGCUUUCAGAAAGUGAAGACCCAACCGACCCAGAGGAAGUUGUCAAUGUGAGAGGAAAAAAGAAGAAAGAAGGUAGAAGACUUGACUCGGCGUCCUCUACGGCAGGCUCUAGCGAAGCUGAUUUUGAGGCAAAAUUCAAACAACAGGAAAUGCUUGGUAUAGGAGGAUUUGGAACUGUAUUUGCUGGCUACCGCAAAGCAGAUACUCUACCUGUUGCCAUCAAACGCAUUCUCAAAAUAAAUGGUUUCUCCAAAAACGUGGACGAUGAUGGGAAGCAGCUCCCCUCAGAGGUCGCUGUCAUGUUGAGACUGGCGGACAAAACAAGGGCAUCAGUUGGGACGUCAGCACCUGUGUCCCUACUGGACUGGUACGAUCUGGACCAGGAGCUGAUCCUGGUGCUGGAGAGACCGAUCCAUGCAGAGGACCUGUGCAGUUACAUCAAAUGCAACGGAGGCUCCUUACAAGAGGAGGAGGCUAAGAUUAUACUGAAACAGCUGGUCGAUGCAGCGAUUGAGCUUCAAGACAAAUGUGUCUUCCACCGGGACAUCAAGAUGGAAAACAUCCUCAUUGAGACCAGCUCGGACGUGCCGCAAGUUCGUCUGAUUGAUUUUGGUCUGAGCUGCUUCGUCAAGAGAGGAGCCUCUUACUGCGCCUUCUCCGGUACCUUGGAUCACGCACCCCCAGAGUGGUACAUUCAGCAUGAAUAUAAAGCCGGACCCACCACAGUGUUUCAGAUAGGAGUAGUACUCUUUGAAACACUCCAUGGAUGUAACUUUACGACCAAAAGCUUCAUCAGAAACGGUCAGAGAAUCAGCAAGACUCUGUCCGAAGAUUGCCAAGAUUUCUUGCGAAGAUGUUUCAAUGAAGAUCCCGAACAGCGUCCGACCCUGGAACAGCUCAAGCAACAUCCAUGGCUGAUAUUAGGCCUGAUCGAUUAUUAUCACGAUUUUGAGGAAGCGGCUCUGGAGAUUAAAACCAUGGAGAAUUAUAAUAAUGACUCUUUAGCUGCUGGUCUCAUUAGGCCAUCUUCAUCUCCUGCUGGAGCUGGCUUCUUCUUUGUCAGCAAGAAGGACAACGACAAACCCUGGUUCACGGCGGAGCUCAGGAAGCUAAGACUGCAGAAGGACCAGGCAUUAAGGAGUGGGGACAAGGACCUGUACACAGAGUCAAAAUACAGGUUUAGCAAGGCGGUGAGAGAUGCUAAACGACUGUACUCUGAGAAACUGCAACAACAGCUCUCAGCAAACGACUCUGCUUCUCUCUGGAGAGGGCUCAGGCAGAUCACCAACUACAAGCCCAAAUCACCCCACUCCAUGAACAAUGUGCUUCUGGCAGACGACCUGAAUGAGUUCUACUGCCGCUUUGAAAGACAAUGGAGCAGUCCUGAGGCCAUCCCCCACAGCUCCAUCAACAAGCCACAGACCAUCAGCCCACCCUCCCCCAACCCAUCAGGGGCUCACACCUCUGUAGCACCCUCCACCUCCCCAGUGACGACCUUCGCCAUUCUGGAGAGAGACGUCAACAGGCUGUUUAAAAAGCAGAACCCGCCCGGACUCCGUCUCCCCCUCCACCCUGAAGCAUUGUCCUGA